UUGAUAGGUCUGAAUUAGUCCUAUCAUUCAAUCAAUUUUUAGAUCAUGUGACGUAAUUCGUUUCAAUCACGUGCUCUUUUGUUUUCAUCCGGUUUCAUUUUUGAACAAGUACUUUGUUUGAAAUCAUAAAACAGAUAAUGACUUAUCUGAUUGCUAUUUCAUAAUUAAACAUCUUUUUCGAUAAGUUUAAGAGUUUUCACGUGAUCCAUUGUUUUAUUAGCAUAUCUGUUUCUUAAAGAGUUAAAACUAGUUUGACAAUCAAUUUUAAUCUAACAUAUUGUUUGUAAUUCAAAAGAUAAAUCUAGCAGACUGAUAGUUUUAUUUUUAGCGAGUUCAGUACAACUGGAUUUUUCAACUAUCUACAGCAUGCAGUACCUAAAAUUUUUCUUAUUGUUUGCUGUGAUUUUUGCUUCGGCAACUGCUCAUCCAGAUGAAGUGACUGAUUUACCUGGUUUAAAUUUCACAAUAAAUUACAAACAUUACUCUGGAUAUCUAAAUGCUACUUCUGGGCGACAUUUGCAUUAUUGGUUUGUUGAAAGCCAAAAUUCACCUUCUACUGAUCCAUUAUUGUUGUGGUUAAAUGGUGGCCCUGGUUGUAGUUCUCUAGAUGGGUUUUUGAGUGAACUUGGUCCUCUUCAUGUGCAAGAUGAUGGAAAAACACUCUACGACAAUCCUUAUUCUUGGAAUAAAAUAGCAAAUGUGUUGUUUUUGGAGGCACCAGCUGGAGUUGGUUUUUCUUAUGCUGAUAAUAAAAAGUAUGACACUGAUGAUGAUACAACUUCCUAUGACAAUUAUGUAGCACUUCAGAAUUUCUUUGAAAAAUUUCCUCAAUUUAAAAGUAAUGACUUUUAUAUUACCGGUGAGAGUUAUGGAGGCAUUUAUAUUCCCACUCUUUCUGUAAGAGUACUAACUGGUCCUGCCAAAAUAAACUUCAAAGGCUUUGCUAUUGGAAAUGGAUAUCUAAAUGCACAAAAUUUAACUAAUUCAAUUGUGUUUUUUGCUUACAAUCAUGGUUUAGUUGGAACUGAAGUAUGGAGCAAUUUGGAAACAUAUUGUUGUGGUGGUGUUGCAUCAAUAAACACUUGUAAUUUCUAUGAAAAUCUUUCAUCUAAGUGCCAAGCUGCUGUGAAUGAUGUCUCUGUGAUUGUUGGUAACUCAGGGUUGAAUGUUUAUAACUUAUAUGCUGAUUGUGCUCAUUCUGAAAGUACUGGUAGUGGAGCAUCAAGAUAUUCUGUUGACAAAAGAAACCUUCAAAGACUCCUAAGCAAAUCUUUAAAUGAUAUACAAGAUGAUCCACCUUGUACUGAUUCUUCUAAUUUAAGGAAAUUUUUAAAUCAGCCAUCUGUUCGCAAAGCUCUUCACAUACCAACAUUUGUUCAAGAUUGGGAUAUAUGCAGUCUUGAUGUUGAAAUUGGAUACCAAAGAAUAUAUAACACUAUGGUUCCACAAAUGUUGAAGUUAAUUGGAUCUGGAAAACUUAGAGGACUCAUUUAUAAUGGUGAUGUUGAUAUGGCAUGCAACUUUUUAGGCGAUGAAUGGUUUGCUAAUGAAUUGGGAUUAAAGGUUUCAAAGAAUUAUACACCUUGGAAAUAUAAUGAUCAAAUAGCUGGUUUUGUAAAGUAUUAUAAGAAUCUGUCUUACUUAACUAUCAAGGGUUCUGGACACAUGGUUCCACAAGACAAACCUGGACCAGCUUUCCACAUGAUAUCAAAUUUCCUCAGUAACAAACCAUUUUAACAAUUUUGAAUUUAUUUGUUGUGAUUCCUAAAAAUACUGGAAACGGAGCUGUGAUUUAUUAUUUUUUACAUAUUGUUACUUUUGUAAUAUAAGAUUCAUUAAAGAAUUUAACAAUGCGAAA